AUGAGUGGAAUAGCUUUAAAAAUAACAGCACUUUUAGUGAGAACCAUUCUGAAACCCAUAUCAAAAGCAAUAUCCACGCAAGCUAAAAACAAUGAAACAUUUCGCAAAUAUUGCAUCUCUUUUGCCAAUCGACUUCACAAGACUGAUGUUAAAUUACGAAUGAACUUGUUGGGAGAAAAAAAAAUUAGAGUAAGACCUUUAAAUGAUAAUAAGGCCAUUGAACAAGGUGCAGCAUUCAUUUCGGAGACGUUUAUUUUCAGUGUUGCUGGUGGAUUAAUUUUUUAUGAAGCUUAUCGUAGUCGUAAAAAGGCUAGUGAUGAAAGAGAUGCUCUUGCUGAUGAUAUUACCAUAUUGCAAAACGAAAUUGAGUAUAUUAAGACUAAAUUGAGAGACUUGAAUAUUAAAUUGGAUGAUUAUAAAGUACCCGAGGGUUAUAAACCAAAAUAUGUCAAGAUUGGAAAUAGUGAUAGUUUACGCGAGAAACAACAGCAGGAGCAACAGCAACAAGAGAACCAGCAACAGGAUCAACGUGAUCAAAACACACAAGGGAAAUCGCAUUCAUCGCGGCAACAAGUACCGUCGCCUUCUUCUGCAUAA